AUGUCACAGCAACUGUUGGAACGUUUCUCUCAAGGAAGCCAAGAUCCAGAUACCUCACUUCCUUUGGAUCCAACGGCCAUUAACUCCACGGGUCUUGACGACGCGCAAUUGCAAGAUCCAACCGCAAUUGUCACCACAACCAGACGCCCGCAGGUCAAACUUACCGCUGAAAAACUGCUGUUGCCAAAAGGGCUUCCCAAAAUCAUGAAAGAAGCUCCCAAACGAAUCCGGAUCUCCAAACGUCGUUCUUCGUAUGAUAAUCUAGCGCAUUUCUUGCAAUAUUACCAGCUUUGGGCCCACGAGUUAUUCCCCAAGGCAAAAUUCCAUGAUUUCGUAGCCCUGAGUCGAGCUCUGGGCAAGUCCGACAGGGAGCUACGAGAGUACAGAAUCGAGCUUCUGCGGCAAGAACUGGGUAUUUCUUCCAUAGGCGAAAAUGAUAUAGAGCACGAAACACUCGUUACACCUACGCCAACGGGAGAAGUAAUUGCGCCAGCUAUGCCUCCUUCAGAACCGCCUUCACUCUCAAGGCCAUAUCCCGAUGAAACCCAAAACUCAGCAACUGCUCUACCUUCAGAUGACGAAUUGAUCUACGACACACUACACAAUACACCACAAGAACCCAUCAAGAACUCUCAGCAACCGAAUUCGACUGCUCAGUCUCAACCUACAUCCAGCAAUGUCGCAACUAUGGAAAUUACAGAUGUUGAAAUGGACAUAGCUCAAGAUCAAGUAACACAAGGGGCACAAGAUGUGGGCUCGGAUGAGGAUGAAGACGAAAUGGCGCUGAUGCGUGAAUUAGGAAUGUAA